GUCUUCAAUUAAAACUUGGCUCUGCCACUGCAACUAUAUAUAGAUGUUGCAAAUCAAAAUGUAGGUAGAAUCAACAUAGAAAGGGCACAACUAGACUAAAUGGAUAGCUGGUUGGUCAUUAUCAUCACUCUAUGUAUCUCUUUCUGCCUCAUAUUUCUCUUUAAUAUUUUCUUCUCCAAUUCCAAAAGCAAGAAGAAACUCCCACCUGGACCCUUUACUUUUCCAAUAAUUGGAAGCUUACCAUUGCUGAGAAAUAAAACCUUAGCUGAUAUUGAACUUAUGCUUCAGAAAUUAAAGUCAAAAUAUGGUCCUAUAAUUACACUCAGAAUAGGUACUUCGUUUUCCAUAUUCAUUAGCAGUCAUUCUUUAGCCUACCAAGCUUUAAUUCAACAAGGUGCUCUUUGCUCCGACCGUCCAAUUGCUUUACCGACUAAUCAUGUUUUAAGCAGCCAUGACCGAACCAUAAACACCGCCUCAUGUGGCCCCACGUGGCGGCUCCUCCGUCGAAACCUCAGAUUGGAAAUGCUCCAUCCCUCUCUUGUUAAGUCCCAGUCCAAACCCCGAGCUUGGGCGCUAAGUGUCCUCAUUCAUAGGCUACUUGAAAAAUCUAAUUGUGCUGCGGAAGUGAUGGUACUUGAUCAUAUUAAGCAUGCCAUCUAUUCUCUUCUUGUUUUCAUGUCCUUCGGGGACAAGCUGGACGAGGCUCAAAUCAAGCAGAUCACAGAUUUACAACAUCGAGCACUUUUAGCUACGAUCCAAUUUAAAAUACUUAACAUUUUUCCAAGAAUUGGAAAAAUAAUUUUUAGAAAUCGUUGGAAAGAGCUAACUGCAUUACGAAAAGAGGUAGAUAGCAUGCUCAUACCUCUAAUACAAGCUCGAGUAAAAUACAUAGAAGAAAAAGCUAAGGAUGGAGUUCAUAAAAAAGAAGAGCAGAAGGUAGCUUAUGUGGAUACAUUGCUAAAUUUAGAAUUGCCAGAGGAAAAGAGGAAGCUCACUUAUGAAGAGAUGGUCAGUCUCUGCGGUGAGUUCCUUGGUGCAGCCAGCGAUACAAUGUCCACCUCCUUGCAAUGGAUUAUGGCCUAUUUGGUCAAGUACCCUUCCAUUCAAGAAAAGCUAUAUAAAGAAAUAUGUAAAAUUGUAGGAGCACUAGAAUCAACGGGAGAAAAUAACAAUAAGUUGAUAAAAGAGGAGAAUUUACAGAAAAUGUCAUAUUUAAAAGCAGUGAUAUUAGAAGGUCUUAGGAGGCACCCGCCAUCUCACUUUUUGCUGCCACAUAGGGUGGGAGAGGAAAUGGAACUGAGCGGCUACGUCAUACCAAAGAAUUCUAUAAUCUAUUUCAUGGUCAGAGAAAUGGGUUUAGACCCAAAGGUGUGGGAAGAUCCAAUGAAAUUUAAGCCGGAGAGAUUCUUGAAUACUGAUAGAAAUGGCGAACCGCUUGAUAUUACAAGAAGUAGAGAGAUCAAGAUGAUGCCAUUCGGUGUGGGGAGGAGAAUAUGUCCGGGCUAUGAUUUUGCUCUGCUCCACUUGGAGUACUUUGUGGCUAAUCUAGUUUGGCAUUUCGAAUGGAAGCCUGUGGAGGGACACGACGUUGAUUUAACUGAGGAGUUAGAUUUCACCUUUACCAUGAAGAAUCCACUACGAGCUUGCAUUAGUCCCAGGCUGAACUGAUUGUUUGCUAUAUAAGUAAUUAUAUAUGUUUAUCUUUUCUUUUGAAACUUGAUUGGCAACAUUAUAACAAAGUCAGUAAUAGUUGAAUGUCUUGUUGUAUCACCUAUGUAUAUUUUCCUAUAAAUCACACUGUACUAAAGUCAUAUAUAUUGACUUCAACUAUAUAGAAAUUCUUAUCUGUCAUUUUGUGGCUAGCAGUGUAAAAAAUCCCUAUUAAUUUUGUGCUAAAGUAGUUCAGAAUUGACAAUAUCUGUUAUUUGAGUAAGCAUCAUGCUGAUACAAGGAGAAUUUAGUUUUUAUAAAUUUCAUGACAUUCCGGAAAAACAGAACAAUUAACCAAAUCAAAGCAAAGAUAGCCAUUUUGUCAUUGAACCACAAGUUGCAGUAUAGUUAUUUCAUUGUUCAAUCCAAAGAUUUGCACUUAUCUAGGACAGAUGCGAGCUCUCAGUGGAUUCUUCAUCGUAACAGUGAAAUCUAAUUUUUCAUUUAGAUCGACGUCGUCUCCAUCCAGAAGUUUCCAUUCGAAAUGCCAACUCAAAUUAGCUACAAAUUACUGCACAUAUUCUCCUCCCAACACCAAAUGGCAUCAUCAAACUACUCUUCACUAUCUCCAUCCACCAAAAAUCUCUUUGGCUUAAAUUUCAUGGGAUUAUUGGGUCCAAACCCAUUUCUCCCACCAAGAAAUUAAUUGUAGUAUUUUAUAGCCGUUAAAUUCAACUUCUUCCGUCACUCUAUGUGGCAAAAGAAAUUGGACUUAGCUCUUUCCAUAGAUUUCUAAAUAUUAUUUUGCCUAAUCUUGGGAAAAUCUCAAGUAUUUUGAAUCGACGAUAACCAAUAAGUGUUCGAUGUUGUACAUGUUUAAUUUCUCUAAUUUGACCCUCAUCAAUUUUUACCCCGAAGCACAUCAGGACAA